AUGGGAAGGGCUGUAGCACAAAAUGUACUUCUAAGUAAUUGCCCCAUAGAUCCUAUAUCUAUCUAUAUGAAGAAGAAAUCAUGUAACGAAGGGGAUUCUUAUUUGUACAAAUGGUACUUCGAGCUUGGAACGAGCAUGAAGAGAUUAACGAUACUUCUUUAUCUUUUGAGUUAUUCUGCCGGAUCGGUCGCUCAAGAUCUUUGGUCUUUUUCCGGAACCGAUGAAAAAAAUGGGAUCACUUCUUAUGGACUCGUUGAGAAUGAUUCUGAUCUAGUUCAUGGCCUAUUAGAAGUAGAAGGCGCUCUGGUGGGAUCUUCACAGACAGAAAAAGAUUGA